AUGAACAUGGUGCCAGCUCCAGCUUCCUGGUUUGUGAAGCUUGACGCCUCGUGGGUGCGCAACGUGCCGGAUACCAGCAACAUGUUCCUGCGACCGGGAGCCGACGUGACCUUUGGAGGGCAUGACAUGUACGUAGAGGGGCAGAAACAUGCCCGCAAGUUUCGUUGGGGCCGUUGCCCGUGGCACAACCAAAGGGCGAUGGUGCCUUGGGUGGUGCCGGACGGCGCACAUGCCGGCGACCUUAUCUUGAUAUGUAGUGGGUAUUGGGACCGGGACUACAUUGGCAGAUGCGCCUGCUUUUUCAAGCAUGAGUUUCCCCGCUCGAGGAUCUCUGAGCUGAGCCCAGAGACAAAGGCGGAGUGGAUAUCUUUCCGGGCAGCUUUGAGCCGAGGAGCGAGGCCUUGA